UCUUUGUUGAUGGAUCCUUGUGACAUUGACAGAUCAAAAUAUCGAUCUUCGUGUUUGGUGUUUGAGGUUCCUCCUCGGUGUUUUUAUAUUAUAUGUGUAAACUAUUGUUUUGAUCAUGGAAUCUGAAUCUCAGCCUGAACCUAUUAUGCAGAUUGAACAACCCUCUAAUAGCGAAGAACCUAUUAAAAUUGUUAUCUUAGAUCCUUCCACCUUAUUACCAGCAUCCUCGGCAAAUGGUAGCGAUACAGUUGCUCCGGCAACAGGCGCUGGCGUUAAAGAUAAUGCAAAACCAUCUCCGAAGAAACCUAAGAAACGAAAGCCUAAAAUUCCGCGUGAUAUAAAUGGACCAAGACAGCCACUUACAGGUUACGUGAGAUUCCUCAAUGAGCGUCGCGAUCAACUCCGUGCUGAGCAACCAGACUUAGGUUUUGCCGAGCUGACCAGACAGCUAGCCAGCGAGUGGAGUAAACUUGCUGCAGAAGAAAAAAAGCAAUACUUAGAUGCAGCUGAUCAGGACAAGGAAAGGUACUUCAAAGAAUGGGCUGCAUAUAAAAAGACAGAUGCCUAUAAAGAAUUUAGAAAACAACAAAUAGAACAAAAGGGAGGUGGCGGUCCAACAAAAAAAAUGAAACAAAAUACUGCAUCAGAACAGUCUACUCCUAAACCUGUUGUUACUGCGCCUCCAGCUGAGCAAGCCCCUGCCCCUGUUAACGGCGGCAGUGCACCUGCGGCGGCUCCGGUCGCUGCUUCUCGGCAACAGACCCCGCCCCGGCCCAGACCGUGCAUUACACCUGCCUCCGGGGAAGAGCACACUAGUGGAGGAGACACUGAAAUACCUAUAUUCACAGACCAAUUUCUUCAACACAAUAAGCUGAGAGAAACAGAACUGAGACAGUUGAGAAAAGCCAAUUCAGAUUAUGAGCAACAGAAUGCCAUACUGCAACGCCAUGCUGAAGAAGUAAGCGGCGCCACCUCCCGGCUCAGGGCCGAAACAGCUGCCGCGGCUGAGAGGACGGCGGCGUUGCUGGCUCACAAGCGAGCCCUGGUUGCUGCUCUAGUACAAGCCUUGGAAACAUUGGCCAUUCCAGGAGGACCUCCUGGAGCAACUGAAGCAAAUAUUGAGGAAUACAUGGAGAAACUGCAAAGCUUGGCAGUUGAUAACAAACCAAAUCCAGUUUUGAAACAAGCUCGAGAUAUUCUUAAUAGGAUUGAGCUUCCAUUAAAUUAAAAAUUAUAUCAUUAUAAGCCAUCUACGGUAUUCAAUAAAAUCAUUAAAACAAUAAAAUCAUUAAAAAUCAGAAAA